AUGGCGUGCUUCCGCCGCGUGCAGGAGCGGCUUCGCGAGGUCUACCAGCUGCUCACGCACGGCGGCGACGCCGACUUGGAGCUCGUCGAUGCGCACGACCCCUUUGAGGGCAUCCACUUUGUCGUACGCCCGCCGAAGAAGUCGUGGAAGCAGAUAUCAAACCUCUCCGGCGGCGAAAAGACGCUCUCGAGCCUUGCCCUCAUCUUCGCCCUGCACGACAUCAAGCCGACACCAAUCUACGUCAUGGAUGAGAUUGACGCUGCGCUCGACUUCUGCAAUGUGUCUAUUGUCGCCAACUACCUGCUGCGGCAGGCGAGUGGCGCGCAGUUCAUUAUCAUCUCGCUCCGCAACAACAUGUUCGAGAUGGCCCACCAACUUGUGGGCGUAUGCAAAGUGAUGGACGUGACACGCACGCUUGUGUUGAUGCCGAAGGGCUUCCAGCGUGUCGUGGAGGCCGCGCUGCUGCAACGCAAGCGGCAGCGGUCACCACAGCAGCGUCGGUCAGCAAGUGAUGUUGCGCCGGACGGUGGCGGAUGCAUAAACGAGGAAAGGGACGAGGAAGAAGAGGAAAUGGCCGAUAGAGGAUCUUGCCACUCUACGAGGGACAAGAACCAAAACAACAAAGAUGGUGACACAAGAGCUGAUGUAGCGGCAGCAGAGGCGACAACUACGGUAAGAGCACGAACACGUGUGAAGAGAGAACGCCGUGAGUGA